GCUGGUGAUUGUAAAGUUCGUCCUGUGGAUACAUGAUAUUAGAAUUUCGUGGAAGAUGGGUUAAAAAUGGAAAGAAAAAACUUUGUAAAAUAUUGAAACAAGAUUUUAAAAAGUCUGAAGCAACUCAGACAUGAAGAACUACUUAAAAUAUGAGAUUGACCAAAAACCAUUUUGUUACAAUGAUAAAAUCUGGUGGAACACCACACCGCCUACUUAUUUUGACAUCGAAUUCAGAGUUUUCGUGCCCCAAAGAGAUUAUGUUAUUCUUUGACCACAGAACUAAGAUUUGAUAGAUGCUUACACGAAACAUCAUCAUUUCAGGAGGUAAACAGAAAAUCACGAUUGACAAGAGAUGACGACUAAAAUUGAAGAUAGAUACUUACUGAAGAAAACCAGGGGCGUCCAAACCAAAACAAAGCAUCAGCUCAAGAAGUCAAUGAAAAGUGGACUGAGCCACGUGAAUGGACGUAGACUACCUGGCUGGGGUGCGCGUGAUUAUCGCAACCAAUGGCUAGAGACUUUAAAUGACAUGGAUCAAAAUCGUUUGCAAUGGCGUUGGUGCAUCCAUUUUUGUCUUCCCCCGAAUUCCCACCUUUUGAAUCCAUCACAACUGUUUUUUGUUUUCCUUUCACCAACUUGUAUUUUAUUAAAUCGUAUCUUCGAAGCUUAAUUUUUUCAAUCAUCACUCAUACUGUUACUAUCUUUUACUCACUUACGCCUGUUACUCCUGGUCGAGGAGCAUAGGCCGCUCAC